CCGGUUCAGGAGAUUCCGGUUCAUCGAACCGUUCUCUGCUCUCUCUCUCUCGCUUCUGCAUCCUAAUCUAUCCUUGUUUUGGGUCUUUGUUGCAGCUGUUAUAAAUAAUUUGCAGUCACGGCUACGGAAUUUUCUUCUUUAAUCUCCAUGAUCCAUGUUGGAAGGUAUUAAUACUGAGAGAAAGGAGAGAUCUUUGGUGAGACGGAGAUAAGAUGGGGUUGCUGGCACCCGAGCUAGGGCUUGAUUUGAAACUGUUUACUAAAAGAACGAUUUUUAGCUGUUUGAAGGAUGAGAUUCAGGCCGGCAGCCGGGCUGCAAAACUAGAAGAUUUCGCUCGGAGGCUUGAAGAAGAGAGACGCAAAAUCGAAGCUUUUAAGCGCGAACUCCCUCUGUGUAUGCUUCUGCUCGCCGAUGUGAUCGGUGUGUUGAAACUGGAGAUGGAGCAAUGCCAGAGCGACGGCAGUGAUGACAGUGUUCUUAAGGAAUUUAUUCCCCUUGAAACGAGAUCGGAUGAGUAUAAGGAGGAGGAGAAAGCGAUGAAUUUGGAGAAGGAGAGCAAGGAGAAGAUGGAGUGGAUGAGCUCUGCUCAGCUCUGGAGCGAUAACUCCAGCCAUGAAAGCAUCGAUGGCAAGGAAGAUUCCCAAGAGCAGAAGAAGGAUGACAGAUCCCAUGGCCGGAAGGACUGUGAUGCCCUCUUUCUGGAGUCUAAUACCGGCCGCGCAUUCCUACCCUUCAAAGCCAUGGCGGCACCGCGGAAGGAAGAGGAGAAGCUGAGCAUCUCUUUGCCGGAUCUAUCCCUCAUGCCUCUACCGAUCAAGGUUCCUUGCUCUGCCCCGAUCACCACCGUUGCUGCUGAAGAAGACAAUCGUAGCAGUGGAUUGAACUCCAAGGCUGUGACAAUAGCAUCUUCUUCGCCUAGAAACGAACACCUGGGUUUGCAGCCACAACAACAGUAUCAGCAGAAUCCACAGAGGAAAGCACGGCGGUGCUGGUCUCCAGAGCUUCACCGGCGUUUCAUCAUUGCUCUUCAGCAGCUCGGAGGUGCACAAGUUGCGACUCCAAAACAGAUCAGAGAAUUAAUGAAGGUUGACGGGCUGACAAAUGAUGAAGUAAAAAGUCACCUUCAGAAAUAUAGAUUGCAUACUCGAAGAAUUCCUAAUUCUUCUGCAACUCAAGUGAACAGACCGGUAGUCAUGGUGGGAGGCUUGUGGGUUUCUCAGGAUCAGCAGAAUGCCUCGCAAUCUGGAUCACCACAAGGCCCUCUUCAGUUGACUUGUGCUGCUCAGGCUCUCUCCAUGACCGGCGGAGAUAGCUGCACCGAUGAUGGAAAAUCAGAAAGCUACAGCUGGAAAUGAUUUGAAUUCAUCUAUGCUGAUGCUCCAUAAUCAUGGCUACAUAUUGAACAAAUACUCUAUAGAGAUCUUGCAGAGUUGACACUCACAUUGGAGUUUAAUGAUGUAUAGAAUGAUCCAUAAUUCUGCUUAUAUGAGCAUAAAACAAUAAUAUUGGUGCCUGAAUUCACAAAAGAUAAGAUUUUUAUGCUGGGGAGAAGAAGAGAUAUGGAUCUGCUCACCCCAAGUUUUGGCUAGAAAUUCAGAUUUCCGCCCAGUUUUUCAUCGGUUUUUUUAUGAUAUUGUGCUUAUGCUACAUCUACGGGACAAACAUUUUGUUUUUCCUGAGGGAGUUAUAUAU